GCUAAGGAGUUGAUAGAUGAGAUUAAGAGUACAUAUAUGACAGCUAUGUUCAACGAAAUUAAAGAAGCAGAGAAUAAAGAGGCAUUUAACUCGCCUAAUCUGAAAUUGUACAAAAAAGAUAGCAAAGUUAUACUUGACAAUAUGACAAAAGCUAAGGAAUUGAUGGAUGAGUUUAAGAGUACAUAUACGACAGCUAUACGGGCUAUCUCACCUAAUCCAGAAUUGUACAAAACAGAUAACAAAAUUGUACUUGACAAUAUGAGAAAGGCUGAGGAGUUGAUGGAUGGGUUUAAGAGUACAUAUACAACAGCUAUGUUCAAUGAAAUUAGGGAGGCAGAGAAUAGA